AAAAUAUUUAUGUGGUGAUGGCGUGUAUCUCAAGUCCGGCAUAAGCGCCUCAAGCAAAGCAGAGCAGACUGCUGCAGAAGUUCAGACUUUACAGAGACAAAGCGGAUACACACACCAACACCACAACUCCGUGAAUAUGCUCGGAUUUGUUCUCCAAUUCCGGAAGAAAAACUAUCAAUCUUAAUUUUUAUUUUUCACCAGAGGCGAAGUUUUUGGUAACAGGAAUGAGCGAGAAUCAGCAGCAGCAGCUAGAAUUGCAUUACAUGGAUUGUGGCUACUUUAACCCUAUCUCAGAAGGUUUCACAGAUGUCUUUGGUGGCUUUUCCAGCAAUCCAUAUCAAUAUGUUGAAGUGUCCCCGAUGCACGAUCAGGAAUUUCAGCAUUGGUCAAUGCAUACGAUGAAUUCUUACAGAUAUGGACUAUCUGGGCAAGAGAGUUCUCCUUAUUAUGGUGUUUAUGAGAACAUUGACCAUGCUUCGAGAAUGGAUUUUAGCAGGAGAGGCUGGGACUACCCUUCAGUAACAAACACAGAAAAUCCUUUGAUUGUAGAUGCACCACCUACUGUUUCCACUGUGCAUACUAAUCCCGAAGAAUGCACGCCAGAUCAAGAAGAUGCUGUUGAAACUCGGGUCUUCUUGGAAGAUGAUAUUGAUCCAGAUAUAAUGACUUAUGAGGAAUUACUCGAUUUAGGUGAGACAGUGGGAACUCAAAGUCGAGGACUCUCGCAAGAGCUCAUAAACCAACUCCCGAUUUCAAAACACAAAUCUGGUGGAAUUUUCUCAAGAAAAAAAUCGGGUGACAGAUGUGUCAUCUGCCAAAUGAGAUACAAAAGAGGUGAUAGACAAAUCAACUUGCCAUGCAAGCAUGCAUACCAUGCUAAUUGUGGCACCAAGUGGCUUAGUAUUAACAAGACUUGUCCAAUAUGCAGUACUGAGGUGUUUGGUGAUGAAUCAAGCCAUUGAUUAUAUCAGUUUAACAACCCCAUGGUGAAUAGGUUCUUUCUUAUACAUUAUUUUUGUUCUGUUCUCUUGAUACAUAGAGGUAUAAUAGAGAGUUCCUAGUUAUUUCUUUUCUCCUGUGGUGUAGAAAACCUACUUUAAUAUAUAAAAUUCUAAGAUUUUUUCUCUUUCUUUUUCCUUUGUUUUCUAAUUUGAAAAACUGAUAAUCACUUAGUUGGUUUAUUUGGCAUAAUAUUAUUAUGCAUUGUCAACUUACUGACUUGCCCCAAUUUUUU